AUGGAAGGUGAUUGGUGGAAUUUACAGUAUAUAAAAACGUCACUUCCGUUUUCCUCUCUCUUUUACCGUGAAGUACAGAACUCCAUACGGCGUUGUCUCGUGGUGAGAUAACUAUUUACUAUUUUCUUUAGAUAAAAGUUGCGGAGACAAAUACUAAAGCCAUGUUACAAACAACUAUGAAAUUGUGUUUGAAUGUAUCCCAUAUUUGUAAAAAUACAACCACUGUAAAUAGUGAAUUACACGUUAGACAGCUAGGCCAGAAGCCAUGUAGCAACUGCUAACCUUAGCACAAGUAGCUAACUAGCCAUGCGUGCUCAUGAAAUCCAUUGAGGAAGCUGGAUACUAAUAACUAAAGUAACCAACAUCCAUAGAUGCCACCAGACUAGUUUCACACAUGUAUCAACUGGGUGUAAUGCUUUUUUGCAACAUAUUUUUUAUAUAUUAAUUGGUCAGCAACAUUGCAUCUGACUGGGGUUAGUGGAGUAAACUUGGUGGUUAUAACCUCUUCCUGACAUACUCGUGUCGAUGUAUACGUUGAGAUCAGAUGUUCUAAGGAACUGUAACAAUAUUUUAUGAUUUCAUCAUUGUAAAUUCUGUUUUUGGAAACGGAUGCCAAGGCCCCUAUGGCGAGGGCCUGUAUAAGUACACAAUAAUUAUAAGCAUUGCAGCUUUGAUCGUUUGUUCAGCACACAAUUAAAGCCUGACACUGCGAUGUUGGUGUUCAGGUGUCGGAAGUGUGCCAGAGUGUUCCGGCCAGGUUUUCGCUAACAUCAGUAGGGCUGAUGCCCCAUGACUGGAGUUUGAUAGUGACCUGAGCCACAAUGACCCGUUAGUUUCAACCAACCAUUCUCUGCUUCCCUAGCUUUAUGCAACAUCUCACCUGCCUCGUCUCUUUUUUCCCUGCAGCUUUUCCACAUAACUCGUAACUUAGGAAAAGUGGUCACGAUGUCCGGAGGUCUGGAUGUGCUGCAGAUGAAGGAGGAGGAUGUGCUGAAGUUCCUGGCAGCUGGAACCCACCUGGGAGGUACCAACAUGGACUUCCAGAUGGAGCACUACACGUACAAGCGAAAGAGUGAUGGUGAGUGGUGGAAUACGAGAUACCUGCUUAUUUGUCAGUUUAUGAUCUUAAGACUUCCGGAACUCUCACAUAUUAUGACUGUUGAGGAUGUGCAGGCUUUUGUUCCAGUCCUGCAUUAUCAUACCUAAUUCAACUAUUCAUAGUCUUGACAUGAUACACUGAAUCAGAUGUGCUGGCCUGGAACAAUAGCCUGCACACUAGCGUUUUAGGAUCAGCAUUGGGAGACCUCUGAAAUUCACAUUCCCCUUCUAAAAGCACUUGCUCUGUCCGGUUAGUGACUGGGUGAGUUGUCGUUGGAAGGGAAUAGUAAAAUCAUCACUGUGGGUGAGAUGGCAGUCAGAAACCGUAACUGACCUAUCUCAAUCAGUGAUUGAACAUCUGUCUUCCUAAUAUUUAAUGUUUUUCUCUAGCUCAAAGAUUUAACCAAUAGAUAAUGAUCCCAAUGUGGGUGAAACACCCGUCUUCAGUCAGUUUUCACCAGUAAUCGGUAGUCUUUUUCGUCAUUGAUUGUCCUGAGACUGGAUAGCAUGUGUAUAGACAUUAUGGCUGUAUGCAUGUCGGAUAUCAACAUGUAAAUAAUCAUCAACAAUAAAUAAUGUAACUGGUUGUCCCCUCAGGUGUGUACAUCAUCAACCUGAAGAAGACGUGGGAGAAGCUGCUGCUUGCUGCCCGUGCCAUCGUGGCCAUUGAGAACCCAGCUGAUGUCUGCGUCAUCUCAUCCAGGAACACUGGACAGGUGAGAUGCCCACUGCUAACUCACCUGACAUAUAUUAGGGCCCAGAGUUUCUCCUGGGUUAUGUUCAGUAAGCGCAAAAUGGAAGUGAGCGGUCUAAGAGGAGGUUUUUUUGUUUUUUACUUGUGUGCCCUAAUGAACAUGACCUUGAUCAGCUCAGUUGGCCUGAUGUAAUUCGGAGUUGAUUGUUGGGGACUAGCUAAAAAACAGCACACAAUUAAAGCCUGGCACUGUGAUGUUGGUGUUCAGGUGUCGGAAGUGUGCCAGAGUGAUCUGGCCGGGUUUUCGCUAACAUCAGUAGGGCUGCUGCCCCAUGACUGGAGUUUGAUAGUGACCUGAGUCCACAACCAAGACAUACCAUAUUACUGCUAAAUUAUAUUCUUGACUGAGUCGCCUCCUGCUUGUUAGCCAAUCCACUAACUCGUCUCCCCGUUUUUCUCCGACCAGAGGGCGGUGCUGAAGUUCGCUUCCGCCACCGGCGCCACCACCUUCCACGGUCGUUUCACCCCCGGAACCUUCACCAAUCAGAUCCAGGCUGCUUUCCGUGAGCCCCGCCUCCUGAUCGUGACAGACCCCCGUGCCGACCACCAGCCCCUGACUGAGGCCUCCUACGUCAACAUCCCCACCAUCGCCAUGUGCAACACCGACUCUCCCCUCAGAUACGUGGACAUCGCCAUCCCCUGCAACAACAAGGUACAGACAGACCAUAGACUACAGAUGUAUGUUCUAGUGGUCUCAUAUUUUAUAUAUAUAUAUAUAGUACAGAAUACAAUGACUUGAACAGGCUAUCAUAUCAGUUUUGUCCCCAAUGGUGUUUUCUCAAAGUGAAAGGGUAGAUGGGGACUUCAGCUGAUAUCUUGGUCAACUGAUGGAAAUAUGCAGCACACAAUUAAAGCCUUUCACUGUCUGUCAGUGUUCAGGUGUCGGAAGUGUGCCAGAGUGACCCGGCCGGGUUUUCGCUAACAUCAGUAGGGCUGCUGCCCCAUGACUGGAGUUUGAUAGUGACCUGAGCCACAACCAAGACCCCUACUGGGACUCUUCCUACCUAGGGAGUUUUCUCUGCACUUCCUCGUCAGUAGUUGAAGACGCCCUCCCAUGUAGUCAUGUUUUUACAGGGUAUCAGUUAAUCCACUAACGAAUUCUACUAGUUUAGACUGAUCAAUUCUGUUAAUGGCAGUCGUGUCUCUGUAUGACUGACUGUUGCCGGUGCAUAUAAUCAUCAGUGACUUAGUAUAAAACCCUAUGUCUAACUGACUGUUGUCUGUUAUGUUCCAGGGCCACCACUCUGUUGGUCUGAUGUGGUGGAUGCUGUCCAGGGAGGUGCUGCGAAUGAGGGGCACCAUCUCCAGGGAACACCCCUGGGAGGUCAUGCCUGAUCUCUACUUCUACAGAGAUCCAGAGGAGGUAACUGACCUACUGGGACACUAUGGUUCACACACUGUUUAUACCAUGGGUUUUAAACUCUGGUUGUGGAGAGCUGCGUGUUUGAGAAGGUUUUUGUUCUAGCCCUGCACUAAUCGUUUGAUUUAACUUAAACUAAUUAUGGUCCUUUGUCUGGACCACGAUUAAUUGAAUCAGAUGUGUUGGUGCUGGACUGGAACAAAAGCCUGCUCACCAUGUAGCUAUUCAAGAAUGGAGUUUGGAUACCUCGGAAAUACACAUUCCCCUUCUAAAAGCACUUGCUUUGUCCGGUCAGUGACUGGGUGAGUUGUCGUUGGAAGGGAAUAGUAAAACCAUCACUGUGGGUGAGAUGGCAGUCUGAAACAGUAACUGACUCAUCUCAAUCAGUGAUGGAACAACCUGAAGCAAAAUAUGCUUCUGAUGUGGUGUUGGGAGUAUUGUAUGCCUGCGCUAAGAAUCUAUAUAGCUGUGGCGCCAGCUUACCUGAGCUCUCACGCAAAUUGUGACAUCACAUCCCUGACUUCUAACCUCCUCGUCCCGUUCCAGAUUGAGAAGGAGGAGCAGGCUGCAGCCGAGAAGGCUGUUGGCAAGGAGGAGUUCCAGGGCGAGUGGACCGCCCCCACGGCCGACUUCGCCCAGCCCGAGGUGGCCGACUGGUCCGAGGGAGUGGCAGUGCCCUCUGUGCCCAUCCAGCAGUUCCCUGCUGGCAUUGAGGGUAAGAGCUUCACUGAGGGUAAGCGAUGAAUACACAGGAGUGGAGGCCACAAAUGGAAAGGUGGAUGGAGUGGCACAUUUUGACAAUUACAAAACCAAAUGGCUACCUGAAUAUGUUUGACUCAAACUUUGUUAAUUCUCCUUUUCAGCCGCUGCGCCUUCUAAGGCCCCAGCUGCAGCUGAAGGCUUUGCUGGUAAGUUCUACUGAAAGUAAAUUAGUAAUGCCCCUUUUUUGCCCAUCUAGGACCUAAAUGUCCUAUAUGACCAACACAGAGGGGUAGAAUAGUUCUCUCAUAAACCUGUAGUGAAGACCUCAAAUCCUCACUGCGGAUCCUGUCGGGAGAAACACAAUUUCUCUUUGUCUUGACUGUGGAAAUGUCUGGACAAUAAAUGGUUUGAUUGUAUUCUCACACACUCAUGAUUGUCUUCCUACAGAGGAUUGGAGUGCCCAGCCCGCCACAGAGGAUUGGUCCGCUGCCCCCACCGCCCAGGCUACCGAGUGGGGUGGUGCCUCCGCUGAUUGGUCCUAAGUGGUGUCAAUCACUCCAGAGUCAAAAGCAGUGCUGUGAUCAGUGAUGUCAAUAAACUUGGCAGAUUGUUUUUUGAAA